GGGCUGGGAGAGCAAAGCCUCUGCCUGCAAGCCUAAAGCUCUCUUGCCUGAGCAUCGUGUGGUUACCCCUGUUGCAGAGAAACUCCUGUUUGGGGAGGGAGCUGAUGCUGGCUCUUCGGUGUCCCUGUGGAUUUUCCGCUGUGUAGGUGUCCUGCCUCCUCCCGCAGGGCUGGGAACCUCUGGCUCUCCCUGUCCUGUGGCAGGGAGCCCUGGGGCGCAGCCGAAAGCGUGGGCAGAGCUGCAUCCUCGUGUUUGCUUUGGGGCUGCUCCCAGCCGGCCUCCUAUGCAGCCCCGCCGUCCUGCGUGGCGAGAAGCUGCCUCCCCACGGAUGUGAGCCCCACACCUCGUCCUGCCACGUGUGCUCACCGUUUCCCUAUUGCCUGUGGUGCCGCGGGCAGAGCGCGAGGAGCCCUGCUGGGACCGUACCUCUGCCCACGAAGGACAAGGGCGGAGGCUGGAGCCUCGCAGCGGGGCCAUCCUCUGCUGCGGGCAGAGCUGGGUGAACACCACGACCCUGCUGCUCGGGUCCCGGUCCCUCGCCCACCGCCGUGCUGGGGACCCGGGGCUGGCACCCCAGCAUUGCGGGUGGCUGUAGACUUUGUGCCGGCCUGUGUGUGCUCUUUGGGAGGAGCUGCCUUCCCAGAUAGGGCUGCGGGGAAGCGCGCCGGGAUCGUAUCCCGGAGAGCCGGGACGGAUCACCCAGCUCCAGGCACCGAGCCGGGCUCUGCCCAGCCCUGCCGGGGGGCGGUGGGAGAGCAGCCCGCGGGGUUGGGGACGGUCCCCGGGGGAAGGAGCUGCUGUCCCCGGCAGCGCGGGGGCCGGACGGGACGGGCGCCGCCUCCCGCCCCGUCGGUGUGGCGGGUGCGGCCCCUUUAAGGAGGCGGCACCGCCCCCCCCCCUUCCCGGUGUCCCCCCCCCCGGUCCCCGCUGCUGCCGGGAGGCGCCGGCCGGAGCCGCUGCAGCACGGACGCGUCCAGCUACUUCUCGGCGAGGGUGGGCGAUCCCGGGUGGAACGAUGUCGGAGGCCGUGGAUCUGUCCUUCCUGUCGGACGCGGAGAGGGAUUUGAUCCUGCAGGUCCUGCAGCGCGACGAGGAGCUCCGCAAAGCGGAGGAGAGGAGAAUCAGGCGGCUGAAGAACGAGCUGCUGGAGAUCCGGCGCAAGGGUGCCAAGCGGGGCAGCCAGCGCUACAGCGAGCGGACCUGCGCCCGCUGCCAGCAGAGCCUGGGCCGCGUCAGCCCCAAGGCCAACACCUGCAGGGGCUGCAACCACUUGGUGUGUCGGGACUGCCGUUCCUACGGCCCCAACAGCUCCUGGCGCUGCAAAGUCUGCACCAAGGAGGCCGAGCUGAAGAAGACAACGGGCGACUGGUUCUAUGACCAGAGGGUCAACCGCUUCGCCAACCGGCUGGGCAGCGACAUGGUGCGGCUGUCCCUGCGGCACAGGUCGGCAGCCAGCAAAAGAGAGACCGUGGGACAAACCCUCCUCCAGAAAGCCCAGCUUAGCGAGCCCAAAAACUCCUCCGCAGCCCAGCAGCAGAGCCCCCCAGCACCCCGAGAGGGGCCCAGUUUGUUUCUGGAUGCCUCAGAUCCUCGGGAUGGCAAAAGCGACACAGAGUCCAUGGAAAACAUGAGCCUGGAUGGCUACAGACUUAGUCCCGGUGGCGUGGGGGGCAGGAGUAACUCCCUGGAGAGAGCCACCCCUCUCAGAGAUGGAAAACAGGUUGCUGCGCCAGCAGGACCCGCUGCCACCAGCCUGACCCUCCCUCUCCGCUCCAAAAACGCGUUCUCCGACGGACGGGAUGCUGCCGUGGGGAGCUGCAGCGGCGCCUUGGUGAAUGAGCACGAAAUGAUAUUCAAGAAGAAUCCCCGGCGGGUGGUGAGGCCUGCGGACUACACCAAGUCGGUGAUCGACCUGCGCCCGGCGGACUUUGUGGGGGAAGGCGGCUCUUUGGGCGACAGGAGCAAGUCGGUCCCUGGCCUCAACACGGAGCUGGAGGAGGAGGAGGAGGACAUCGAUAACCUGGUGGAGAUCCAUCGCCAGAGGGUGGCCCGCAGCAGCAUGCGCAGCGGCACCUCCUCGAGCACGCUGGGGAGCAUGGUCAGCAUUUACAGCGAGGCCGGAGACUUCGGCAACGUCACGGUCACCGGGGGAAUCUCCUUCUCCCUGAGCUACGAGCAGAAGACGCAGACCUUGUUCAUCCACGUGAAGGAGUGUCGCCAGCUGGCCUACGGGGACGAGGGCAAGAAGCGCUCCAACCCGUACGUGAAGACCUAUCUCCUGCCUGACAAAUCCCGGCAAGGGAAACGCAAGACGACCAUCAAACGCAACACCAUCAACCCCCUGUACAACGAGCUGCUGAAGUACGAGAUUAACAAGUCCCUCCUGCUUGCAAGGACGCUGCAGUUCUCGGUCUGGCACCACGAUCGCUUUGGCCGCAACACGUUCCUGGGGGAGGUGGAGGUCCCACUGGACACGUGGAACUUGGAGAGCCACCUGGAAGAGUUUCUGCCCCUGCACGGCAAGAUUGGGGCGGAUGCUGCUGGUCUCCACCAGUACAAGGGGGAGCUGGUCGUCUCCAUGAAGUACAUCCCAUCUUCCAAGCACCCCGGGACUGGGAACGGCAGGAAGGGCAAACCAGGGGAAGGCGGUGAGCUCCAGGUCUGGAUCAAAGAAGCCAAGAACCUCACGGCUGCCAAAUCCGGGGGGACCUCAGACAGCUUUGUCAAGGGCUACCUCCUGCCACACAAAAACAAAGCCUCCAAGAGGAAGACGCCUGUGGUGAAGAAGACCCUGAACCCUCAUUACAAUCACACCUUUGUCUACAACGGCGUCAACCCUGAGGACCUGCAGCACAUCUGCCUGGAGCUGACGGUCUGGGACCGGGAGCCACUGUCCAGCAACGACUUCCUCGGGGGUGUCCGUCUGGGGGUGGGCAAUGGCAUGAGCAACGGGCAGGCUGUGGACUGGAUGGACUCUACGGGCGAGGAGCUGAACCUGUGGCAGAAGAUGUGCCAGUACCCGGGCUCGUGGGCAGAGGGGACGCUCCAGCUCCGCUCCACCAUGGCCAAGCUGAGGCCGUAGGCUGCGGCGUCGGCACCAGGACUCGGCCGAGGGCUGGCACCGCUGCAUGGCCUGGCAGGGCUGCCAAACGUGGGUGGGUUUUUCUUUUUGCUUAUACUUUAAUAAACAUGACCUUCUCUAAA